ACAUGUGGGAGAGCUAACGAGCUAGACCUCCCUCCCAAAACUGCUGGCAGAUAGAUAGAAGUAGUGCUUCAUUGCAUACUCUACUCUGUAAAUGCAUCAGCCUGCAGAUCACAGAGGAAGAACAGGGAUAUGGCAACUGCUUUCCAAACAGCCUAAGACAUAAGAUAAAUUACUAUCCAUGAGAAUGAAAGCGAAAAAUCAUAUAAAGGAAGCAACACACAAAUAUCCUAAGUAUCACUGAAACUGUCCGAGGGAAUUCCACAGAGAAGAAAUAUAGCUGCUUCAAGACUGCACACUAGGAUGCAAUCUCUGGAAAGACUGUGAGGAUGAAAUUGAUAUACCUACAUAUAAGGACUUUUGGAAUGAGGUCUUAUUAACAACAGUAACAACACAGCUUUGCCCAGAGUGAGACAAAAAGGCAGUGUGAAAACAGACCUAACGAUACAGUUCAGCUUGCAGAGGAACCACCUGAAAGUGAGAGAAAGUACAAUAUUCUUCAGGAAGAGCAAUAGAAAUAUGCCAAAUAGAAACACCAUGUUCCUGUUAUUCUUCACCCUAAAAUGUCUUAUUUUCCUGCCUCUUUCAAUUUCUAGUGAACUGAAAGAACAUGAUGCCCUCUGUGCGCAACGUGACUCAUGCUAUGCUGUCUUUUAUCAGCGCCUGAUUUUCCGGGAGGCUUGGAAGGCUUGCCGGGACAGAGGUGGCAACUUAGCAACUGUCAAAAAUGCUCAGGAAGCCGCUUUGGUUGAACAACUCCUUACCUCAUCAGCAGGAUCCCGUAGUGACAGAGACCUGCAGCUGCGGCUUUGGAUAGGCCUACAACGUCAGCCCAGACAGUGUGCUCCUCAGAAGCCUUUGCGUGGCUUCACCUGGACUACUGGGGACCAAGACACAGCAUUUACCAACUGGGUGUCCCAGUCAGUCUCUGCAGGGCCCCCAAGUUCCUGUUCAGCUGCUAGGUGUGUGGCUAUAGGCCUAGGCUAUGGUAAACCAGAAGAUGAUUUUAAAUGGCUGGAAGGGUCUUGUACAUUGCCCGUUGAUGGUUUUGUAUGUAAGUUUCGCUAUCAAGGAAUGUGUCCAGCAUUGACAGAAGAAACUGUUCGCUAUUCUGUACCUUUUGGCUACCAAGGUACCUGGCUUGACUUAGUACCAUUUGGCACUGUGGCAGUGGUGUCCUGUGAUAGACAGCAACCGGACUUGUCUGUGCUGUGCAUGCUGAAGGAAGAUGGUACUGUGGGAUGGAACAAUGAUGGGCCCCUGUGCCAAAAUCCGGAGGACUUGCAGUGUCAAGGUUGUCAACAGUUGUGUGAAGGAGGAGUUUGUGCUUGUCAUGAAGGGUACAUACUGCAGCUAGAUGGACAAUCCUGUGAGCCAGAGGAUGAUGAUCCCUUUGAAGAUCAAGGGUGUAGAUGUCAAUAUCAGUGUGUUGGCUAUGGAACUGGUGGCAAAGGAUACCAAUGUAUAUGCCCUGAGGGCUAUGAGCUGGCUGCUGAUGAACGCAGUUGUGAAGAUGUCGAUGAAUGUGAGGAUGAUGAGAAAUGUGACCACUCCUGUCAAAAUACCCUUGGCUCAUAUACCUGUUCUUGCGACCUGGGUUUUGCUAUAUCAGAGGAUGAUCAUGAGCGCUGUGUGGAUAUAGAUGAAUGUCGUAUUGCUCAUAUGUGCCAGCAAAUGUGUGUGAACUAUCUGGGGGGGUUUGAAUGCUUUUGCAGCGAAGGCUAUGAGCUAGAUGUGGAUCGUGUAAGCUGCAAUGCAAUACAGUUUAGGGAACCUGUGAAUCUACCUGAGGCCACGUUUAUAAAUACUUUUGAGCAAGAACCCAAUAUAAUAGACACAGUAACUGAUGGUUGGUAUUGGCAUCUGGUAAAUAGUGAAACCACUUCAACAACUGUGACAGACAUACCAAUAAUUCCUUUUAAAGAGGAAACAACAACUGUUUUGCCAACUAAAGAAGAGCCCACAGAAGAAAUGACUCCUUCACUAGACUUGGAAAGCCAUGAGUAUAUAGCAAAUACACCCACAGUUAUGCCAGACCAAAGUGCCUCACGUGAGUUUAUGCAGGAUAAAGUUAGAAGGAACACCUUCCAAACUACUUCACCAAAGGUUCAUAUCUUGUCUUCAAUAAUCCCACCAUUGAUCUUAUCAACGAAAACCCCAACAGAAAAUUCAAAAGUUAAUAUUUGGUUGGGGACAAAGGUAACAUCGGAAGUCCCCAACACUGCAAAACAUGGAACCAUUAAAGCUUCAUGGGAAAUGUCCAAAAUAUCAACCAUGGCUCCAAGCACACCUAUGGUUAAUGACCUUUCCCCCACAAUGGAAAUACCAGAAAUGGGAGUAGAUACAAUAACAAACAAUAUGCCUUCACCAGGACUGCCACAAUCUAACAGUGAUGAUGGUACUGUAUCUCCCAACCCAUCCCAAGAAUCCAGUGGAAAGAGGGAUAAUCGAUGGCUGGUGGUGGCAUUGCUAGUACCCCUGUGUAUUUUUUUGGUGGUAAUGCUGGCAUUGGGCAUUGUCUACUGCACCCGUUGUGGAGGUGAAACAAAACCCCGUAGUGUUACUGACUGCUAUCACUGGGUUACUGGCAGUGGACCUGAGAAAGGCCUUUCUCCCAUAGGGGUGGAAACACCUAGCAGUCGGGUGGUUUAGAAGCAAUAUCAGAGUUACAGAUUUUGAAAUUAGCACUCUGUGUGGGACUGUUUGUUGGGAUUUUGGCAAUUUGAAUAAUUGGUUUGUGUUUCCAUAUUAUUUAACCAAUCACUUUGUCCCAUCUUUUUGUCAAUGUAGAGGUCACUUACUUGUCUCAGCACACAAGAUGUCCCUGUGUUUUGUCUGAAUUUACUUUGUAUUUCUUAUUUUGCAAUGAGUCACUUACAUGAAUUUCCAAUACCCUAUGGGGUAAAUGUAAGAAGCAGUGAUAAGAGUGGAGAAGUGAGCCAGUGGAGAAGUUGCCCAUGGCAACCAAUCAGCUGCUCUGUAUAAUUUUGUAGUAUGCAAAUUAUAAAUGUUACUUCAUUGCUGAUUGGUUGCCAUGGGCAACUUCUCCACUGGCUCACUUUUCCACUCUUAUCACUGCUUCAUACAUUUACCCCAUGUCUGUAAUAUUCAUUCUUACAAUUCUGUGCUAGGCGUCAUACUUAUCACUGCUGUAUGUAUCUGCUAAAACCUUCAUUCCUAACUCAUCCUGCAAUGCAAUUCUUUCUCUUUUAUGCCAGCUUCUAUCUGUUUAGCUUGUGAUGCAGUUUGCACCAGGUGUGGAUAUCUACAGUAUACGUGUGCCUCAGAUAACAACUGUAAAUGAUCCUAUUUACUGUGUAAGGAAAGAAAAGGAUGGCCAUUUGUCAUCAGUUAUUGUGCAGAUAUUUUCCCUCUGUAACCAACUCACUAUAGAUGUCACUGCCGCAGCGUUUAUAGGUUUUCUCUAGAAUGAGACAUACAGUAUUUGACCUUAUAUGUGAGUAAGAAUAGAUAAGGUACAAAGUAUGCUUUUAGUUGAUUUGGAUUUAGUUCAUGUUUUAUACCAUAGAUGAUUAUUAUGUUAGCUAAGGUAAACCUAACCACUUAGUGCCUUCCAAGAAAAGAUGUCUAAUGUGAUUGUAAUUCACUUGAUUUAGGUAAUUCUUACAUUGCUGCAAAGAGUGAAAUGACUGAAUGCAUAAUCAUAAAUGAAAUUCCAUGCAUAAUCAUAAAUCUAACUAUACACUGCCUCAUAACUGACGAGUCUGGUCCAUAUCAUAGACUUACCUUGUGUGAAGAAGUUACAGUAUUUCCUAUAAAACAAUAAUAGCAAUGUGAUCAGUAUUUUCCAGUAGGUUCAGUUAUGAGAUAAUGUUUGUUAUAUAUAAGAGAUGAACUGUAUAGACAUGUGCAUGAAGGUGAUGUUCUGCAAACAAUGUAUUGUCAUUCCUUCAUGAUCUUCAGGUAACAUGCAGCAGCCAUGGGGCUAUGUUAUGAGAGGUGGAGGGAUUUGCAUACUAUACUUGCCAAUUUACAUAUAAAACCGGUGACCUAUUAACAUGUGGGCGCUCUAGAGUGCCAUGCUGUACUGUGUUAAUAAAAGUUUAUGUGUAUUUCCUAAUAUAGGACUGCCACUAUAACAAUAGGAUACUCAGGGGGUGGAAACAUCUUUGGGGUACUCUCAACGAUGUCAUUCUGUUUAACUCUGGCAUUAAUAUAUAAUGUUCUAUCUCACAUCCUUAUUUUCAGUACUGCCCAUUCUGCUCCUGUUUUCCAGUAAUAAAUGACUCUCUGUAACAUAUUGCAGCACUGUCUGUUCCUGUAAUAGCUCCUUUCUUAUCAGAAACUUUCUCCAUCUUCUACUCCUUCCAUCUCCAGUGCCUCUUAUCCCUUUGUCUAAUGUUUGGCUCUCUAACUGUCCCUGGCUUAUGUCAAACCAGUGUUUAUAAUAAACCAGCUUCAUAGUGCAAGGGUCAAAAUACACUUCCAGGGGCUGCCCCUUUGGUGCGGGAGAGUCCUGUAAUUCAAUGCAGUGCAUCAAACCACAGAGAUGUCUCUGGCACCAAAAGGGUUAAUGAAAUAAAAUGAUCUUUUUACCGCCAUUGUUUAAAACAUGUUAUUUGUGAGUUUGAUUCUCUAUACUGCAAUGAAGGUAACGGUAGGCAAUGCAUUGUGAGUGCUAUGAGUAGGACAUAUCUACGCAGGGUGUAUGAUAUGUUAUACACAGCAGUAUCUGCAAACUAAAUAACCAAGAAAGGAAUGUGCUUCUGUGUAAUUUUGGGGUCUGGUUGCUAUUCUAUAUUGCAGACAGCGUGUCAAAAUAUCUGUAUGUGUAUGUAUUACUGGCUGCAGCAGUAACCCAUAAUCCUGCCAUACUGGUUCCUGGUGGGUGAGGAAAAGAGAUGGCAUGAAUAAGUAAAUGUGUUUAUCAUGUAAGGAGAUCAGAAGUACAGAGGUCUUCCGUGACCAGGUAAAGGCACAAUGGUGUAUUUGGAAAGAGACACCUGCAUUAUAAAAGCAAUGUAUUUCCACUUUGCAUGCAAUGUUUAUUUUAAAAAUGUUCUUAAUUCACAUAUAUAAUGCAAAUGGAAAACCCCAAUGCAAAACCUUCUUUGCUGAUAUCCCUCGGGAUGAUUUGGAAUGAGAUAAAAGGAUGGAAUGGGUAUAUUUUCAGGGGCACCCUUCUUUUCCACUCUGCAAAAACACAUCAUUCUAGAAGUUUAAUUAGAUGCAUUUUGCACAUUUCACUUGCACUUUGGUGGUGUACACUAUUUCUAGGUACACUUUGCUAAUUGUAAAAAAGAACUGUAAAUAAAUAAAAGUGCCACUUGUAAUAGAUGCCACCCAUGUUAUCUCAACCUCAUGAUUAAUAAUGUAAGGAAAAAUAAAUUAACACCAAUCAGUAUUUUAGUAGAAAACUGAAAAGUAUAGUUUAAUCAUGCUGAGGUUCUCAAACGUGGUCCUCAAGGCACACCAAUGGUCCUGGUUUUAUGUAUAUCCAUAUCUCAGCAGAGAUCGUUAAAUCAAAUUAACUACAGUUCUAAUUAAGUCACCUGCUGCUAAGCAUGGAUAUACUUAAAACCUGGACUGUUGGCGUGCAUUGAGGACAGCGUUUGGGAGCCUCUGGUUUAAUGAAUGGGGUGGAUAGGAGGUGGGACUUUGAUAUUUAAGGGUGCUAGAGAGACCAACUAAGUGCAUAGUUACUAGACCAGAGUGAUUUUUGGUACACAUAAGUGCGCUUUGUAAAUAAAGUCCAAAGAAAGCCUCACUGAUUGGUUGCUAUGGGUUUUGGACUUUGCUAGUUAAUAAUCCACAUGGAAUGAUGACAUAUUAUAGACAGUGCGGCACGGUACAGACAGCAAGUAGCACAAUGUAUUCUACAUGAUACUGUAGCAGACAUCAAUGCAUUGCCUGCCCUCGCCCCCUGCAGAUCAGGGAUUUCUAUUUAUUUCUUCUUGUAAAUGUGUCAUAUGUUUUCUCUCAGUGUUUAAUGAAUGACAAAUAAAAUGAAUUUAAACUGAA